UCUGUGGGGUGAGGAGGGGGUUGUCGAGUCCUGCAAUAGUCGCGGAGGGACAGAAGCCACAGCAAGAGCCGGACAUGCCCAGCGCCGCCGGCAAGGGCCAGGAGCGCGGCCGGGACAGCAUGGAGCCGCCGCCGGCUGAUGAUCAUGCUAAGGAAAGAUAUGGCAUGUCCUCAAUGAUACAGUCCCAAGAGAAACCAGAACGAGUUUUGGUGAAAAUAAAGGACUUGACAACAGAGAAAGCUGAUGAAGUGAUUUGGGUUCGUGGCAGGAUUCACACAAGCAGAGCUAAAGGGAAGCAGUGUUUCUUAGUCCUACGUCAGCAGCAGUUUAAUGUCCAGGCUCUUGUGGCUGUGGGAGACCAUGCAAGCAAGCAGAUGGUAAAGUUUGCUGCCAACAUUAACAAGGAGAGCAUUGUGGAUGUAGAAGGUGUUGUGAGGAAAGUGCAUCAGAAAAUUGGAGGCUGUACUCAACAGGAUGUUGAGCUGCACAUUCAAAGGAUCUAUGUGAUCAGUUUGGCUGAACCCCGAUUACCCUUGCAGCUGGAUGAUGCUGUUCGGCCAGAGGUAGAAGGAGAGGAGGAUGGAAGAGCUACUGUAAACCAGGAUACAAGAUUGGACAACAGAGUCAUUGAUUUGAGGACUUCCACUAGUCAGGCUGUCUUCCGCCUUCAAUCUGGUAUCUGUCAGCUCUUUCGAGAAACUCUCAUUCGCAAGGGAUUUGUGGAAAUUCAGACUCCCAAAAUCAUCUCAGCUGCCAGCGAAGGAGGAGCCAAUGUAUUCACUGUAUCUUACUUCAAAAGUAGUGCCUACCUGGCUCAGUCCCCACAGUUGUACAAGCAGAUGUGUAUAUGUGCUGACUUUGAAAAGGUUUUCUGCAUUGGACCGGUAUUCAGAGCUGAAGAUUCCAAUACACACAGACACCUGACUGAGUUUGUUGGUCUGGAUAUAGAAAUGUCUUUUAACUACCACUACCAUGAAGUGGUAGAUGAGAUUGCAGACACUUUGGUGCAGAUAUUCAAGGGACUUCAAGAAAGAUUUCAGACUGAAAUUCAGACAGUGAAUAAACAGUUUCCAUGUGAACCAUUCAAGUUUUUGGAGCCAACUUUGAGACUGGAGUACCGUGAAGGUGUGGCUAUGCUCAAGGAAGCUGGUGUGGAGAUGGGGGAUGAAGAAGAUUUAAGCACACCUAAUGAAAAGCUUCUGGGGCGUCUGGUAAAGGAGAAGUAUGAUACAGACUUCUACAUACUUGACAAAUAUCCUCUGGCUGUGAGGCCUUUUUAUACAAUGCCAGACCCAGUAAAUCCUAAAAUUUCAAACUCUUACGAUAUGUUCAUGAGAGGAGAAGAGAUUUUAUCUGGUGCUCAAAGAAUUCAUGAUCCUCAGCUGCUGACGGAAAGAGCCCAGCAUCAUGGCAUUGACUUGGAAAAAAUAAAAGCUUACAUCGAUUCCUUUCGUUUUGGUGCUCCUCCCCAUGCAGGUGGCGGGAUAGGGUUGGAAAGAGUAACUAUGCUCUACCUGGGGCUGCACAAUGUUCGUCAGACCUCCAUGUUCCCUCGGGAUCCCAAACGACUAACACCUUAAGAAGACCUGCUUUUGAAAAGUUUUUUUCAGUGCCCUGCUAUUGAUUAGUCUCUACCUUCAGUAUUGUAAUAUGCAAUAGAAGAAGGAAAUCUAAUCUACUGAAGUGCCACAGUUUUUUGAAUCAUUCACUGUUUAUUUAAAGGGAAGUAUUUUAACAGAUCUGGGCUUUUUGCAAUAGAAGCUAGGUGCACAUUUUUAUGAAAAUGUUGUAAUUCCGUUGAGUUCAUGUUCUACCAACACCUUGGAAUUCAACAAGUUUCUAAACACUUACAUUUUAAUAAACUGUGCAAUAAAGGCUAAACAAAUUCUUCAUUUUUAACUUAUAGCAGCUAGUUGUGUAUCUUAAAGUACAGUUUGAUCAAAGCCUAAAUAACUGUAGACACUGGCAACUCAAAAAGCAGGAGGAAGGUAACAAAUUGCUAACUGAUUUGUGUGGUAAAAUGAGCUUUAUGAAACACAGGUGAAAAAUAGAACAUCACUAAUGAAGUGAUUAUACAAAAUUGUAAAAAUAGAUUGCAAUAAAACUCUAAAAG